GUGACAGCAGAGGUUGGAAAACUUCUUGGUGAAGAAAAGGUGGAUGCAAUCUUGUGUGUAGCAGGAGGAUGGGCUGGAGGCAGUGCCAAAUCUAAAUCUUUAUACAAAAACUGUGAUCUGAUGUGGAAGCAGAGCAUCUGGACAUCGACUAUUUCCAGCCACCUAGCCACAAAGCAUCUGAAAGAAGGCGGCCUCUUGACUUUGACAGGAGCUCAAGCUGCUUUAUCUGGAACCCCAGGAAUGAUUGGCUAUGGCAUGGCCAAAGGAGCAGUGCAUCAGCUUUGUCAGAGUUUAGCUGGUGCCAGUAGUGGCUUGCCAUCUGGUUCUGCUGCUGUUGCCAUUUUACCUGUUACCUUAGAUACACCGGCAAACAGGAAAUCAAUGCCUGAUGCGGAUUUCAGCUCCUGGACACCCUUAGACUUCAUUGCUGAAACCUUUUACGACUGGAUAACGGGAAAGAAUCGACCAAACUCAGGGAGUCUAAUCCAGGUGAUAACUACAGGAGGGAAGACUGAACUAAUUGCAGCACAUCUUUGAUGUCAGUCACUUAUGGUGGUGGAACUUGAGCAAAGGAGAAUCUAUGGGAAAAUCUGUCUCCCAGUAUAAUUUGUAUGGUUGUCUGUAUCCAGUGAUUGUCGUCAUGUCAUUAAUGGAAUCCAAUUUCAAGUGAUGCUUCUGUGCUGUCAGUCGUGAGCUAUCAGCAUUUGCUUAUCAACAAGUAUCAAGUAUUUGUCUCUAAAUGACGGUUGCAGGCUUUACAGUCUGUAGAUGUCCUAAUUCUGAGCAUUAUAUGUUGAUUUACCUGUUGUCU